CCCUGCUUGGCUCACAGCCGAAGCAAAUGGAAAAAAAAAUCUAGCUGCAUAUCUUUCUUUUCUAGCUAGCUAGGCUCCUGGAUAGCUCUGACAAUGUCCAAGAUAAGCAGCGGCGUCGUCUCCGGUCUCGUCAAGAGGAGCCAGCGAAGCUACGGCGUGUACACGAGAGCGGUGAACGUUCAGGGCUCCGCUGCCGCCGCCGUGGGGAGGGCGCCGACGGACGGCGGCGCGGCGGAUGGUGGUGGGAGGGCGACGGGCAACAAGGACGUGUUCUGGAUGAGGGACCCCAAGACCGGCUGCUGGAUCCCGGAGAACCGGUUCCAGGAGGUCGACGCCGUCGAGCUCCGCAACCGGCUGCUCCACCACGAGUGAACAACAGUGACCGUACCGGUGCGGCAUGUCGGCAUAUACAUAUCGUAUAUCAUCUCCAAGUAUUUUCGAGGCACCUGACGAAACAGAAAAUGUUUGUUAGGUGGAGUAUAUAUAUACAUGUAUGCUCAUGUAAAACAGAGUCUAGGUAUAUAUAGUGUAUUCCGGAUGGGACGAGAUACGAUCCACCAUCGUAUCCAUCCCACUUUGUGUGUGGGUGCGCGAGCGUGUACCAUCAAAAUAUCGUCUUCCCAAGCAAUCCAGAUCGCAGUAUAUGCAAGUUGGUCUUAAACAACCGGAUGGUAUCGAAUUUCAUAUGUUUCACUAUA